UAUUUAAAAAUGAAAAAUGAGAAAUGAAGCUGGCUUUUUUUUAACUUUAUUCCAAAAAACUCUCACUAAAAAAUUUAAGUAUGGCUGGUUCUGAACUGACAUCAUCUAAUGGUGAUAAAAAGACUUCUGAAAAGAUCAAUAGUUUUGCAGAGCAAUUGUUGCUACUUCGUCGUCAGCAAGAUGAGCAGUACCGUCAUUUAACAUUGUUAUACAAAGCACAACAAGACUCCCUACGGCAGCAACAAGAACAUGAAUUAAGCCAGCAUUAUAAGCGACAAACAUCAUUACAUCCAACAACAAAAAAUGUUGCUUCAUAUAUGUCAACAUCCUCCAAACCUUAUGAUUACCAACAUACUGAGAACACAAGUAGCCAAGUCGAAAGAAGAAUAGAAGAAGCUAAACCACAAGGCAAUGCAAUUUCAGAAGAUGUUCGGAAUAAAAUUCGUGAAAGAGUGUUUAGGAAUAUAAAAAAGAGAAAUAGCAAACCUGAUCCUCGGCUUUCUGGACAAUGCAAAGAAGAUUUUAUUACAUGGUCAUAUAAACCUCAGGCAUACAUUGAAUCAUAUGCUCCAGACAAUGAUGGGCUCUUUGAUCUACCUCCUCUUCGAAAAGCUGCUUCUGAACCAAAUUUAAAACGAACUCCAUUAUAUCCAUAUCCCAAGUCUCGAGGUCGAAAUAAAUUAUAUUCUGCUACAGGAGAAAGCAGGUAUCUUUCAGCUUUAGAUGAUCAAAAAGAAAAAAGAGAUGAUACCUCUCCAUUAUAUCUUAACUCUACAGAAGGAAAUGUUUUUUAUGAAGGCUCGCAAAAGAAUAAUUUGUUAUUCCAGUCACCUUCAUUACCAAAUAUCAACAUAGAAAGUACAAAUACUAAGCUUUAUUUUCCAAUACAUAUGAGCACCCUUGAACAUCCCCCAACCGAUUCUACGUCUGAUCUAAAAGCACCCUUACAACCAGAUCACCCAAAAUACUUAGAUAUGUUAAAAACUCAGUAUGCAACAAAUCAUCGAUACCUACAACACAUUAUACAGGAGAGAAACCUGGAACCUAAAGAAAUAGACAAUUUACAUCUUCGUUAUCUACCAAAAUCUGAUAAUACUACUUUAUCAGAUGUACAACGAGUAAAGCAAUUACUUGAGUCUCAGAAUAAACUCUACUUGCAUUUGACUGAGCCUCUUGGCAUUAAUUCUUCUUACUUUGAAAGGUCUAAAAAUGUUUCUAAAUCACGAAUAAUUAAUGACUCUUCCUCACUUAGUUCCCCAUUUCAUUCACAGUAUUAUGAUAUGAAAACAUCUAGUCCAACAUUAGAUCAACAUAGCUUAGAUUCACAUCAACACAGUAAUGCUCAUAUAAGAUUACCUUUUUUAUCUAAUCAAGAUUCGUUUUCAUCUCUUCAUAAUGCAAGCCAGCCAACACGCAUGCGUUUAAAAGAACAUCUUAGAGAAAAAUUAGAUGCUACAUCUUCAAAAUCUAUGUCUUUGGAUGCUCAUUUUCAUCGAUUAGAAAAAGAUAAUCAGAUUCAGGAAGAAACAGAGGAGGAUGUUGCUAAAGAAGAAAAAGUUCGGUCACAAGUUUCAUCUUCAUUAACUGAUGGAAGUUCACUGACCAAUCCUUCAAAUGGGUAUAGUCCAGGUUGCUUAUAUGGUUCAAAUCCACAGUUAUCUGAGUCAUAUUCAGGUAUUUAUGGAUCAAAAUUAAAAUUUCGUGACUUUGAUUCUAGUCUUCAUGGAUCAGAUAGUCGUUUGUAUGAUUCUCAGUUGCAAACUAAAAAAUCAGAAACUGAUGAUAAACUUUCUUUAAACUUAUUUAAGCAUCCUAAAGAAAUGACUGGUUUAGUUUACGAUCCUAUAAUGUUAAAGCAUCAGUGUACAUGUGGUGAAAGUUAUCCUAAACAUCCAGAAUCAGCUGGGCGCUUGCAAAGCAUUUGGGCAAGACUUCAGGAAACAGGUGUUGCUAACAUGUGUGAGCUUAUACGACCUCGCAAAGCUACUAUAGCAGAGCUUCAAACAGUCCAUAGCGAAAAGCAUACUCUUUUAUAUGGCAGUGGUACAAGAAAAGAAGGCACUCAAAAUUUACGUUGUUUUACUACUCUAUCAUGUGGUGGAGUAGGGGUUGAUGCGGUUACAGUUUGGAACGAUACCCAUACUUCAAACGCAGCUCGCAUGGCUGCAGGAUGUGUCAUUGAAUUAGCUUUUAAAGUUGCUUCCAAUGAAUUAAAAAAUGGGUUUGCUAUUGUUAGACCUCCUGGUCAUCAUGCUGAAACUCAUCAAGCCAUGGGAUACUGCUAUUUUAAUUCCGUAGCAAUCGCUGCAAAGUUGUUAUGUUUAAAAAUGGCUGCUGAGCGAGUUCUAAUCUUUGAUUGGGACAUUCAUCAUGGCAAUGGAACUCAGCAGAUGUUUUAUGAUGAUGAUAGAGUGUUGUAUAUAUCAAUUCAUCGUCAUGAUGAAGGAUCAUUUUUUCCAGGAACUGGAAAGGCUGAGGAGUGUGGUGCUGGAAUAGGAGUUGGUUGUAACAUUAACAUUCCAUUUGAUGGAGGAUUAGAUCUUGAGUAUGGUGAUAAGGAGUAUUUAGCUGCAUUUCAAACAGUAGUUUUACCUGUUGUAAAAGAAUAUCAACCUGACAUCAUUCUCAUAUCUGCAGGUUUUAAUGCUGCUGGAGGUCAUUCAGAUGCACUAGGCGGUUAUAAUGUGUCUUCGGCAUGUUUUUCAUACAUGACAAAGGAACUAAUGCAGUUUGCUAAUGGCAAAGUUGUUCUUGUACUGGAAGGAGGGUAUAUAUUACAAACUCUUUGCGAUGCUUCAGAAAGUUGUAUACGUGCUUUGUUGGGUUGUUCUACAAAUGAAUUAUCAGAGAAGGUAUUAAAAGGGAAGCCUAAUGACAAUGCAAUAAAAUGUUUAGAGAAAGUUGUUGAAUUGCAAGGUAGAUAUUGGCCAGGUAUUAAGCAUGUAGCAUCUAAUCUCAACUCACAUUUUUAUGGCAUCAAAACUGAAAAAGAAGAUGUUGAUGCUGUUUCUGCGUUAGCCUCUCUUUCAAUGCAAGUAACACAAAGUACUUCAGUUGAAAAAGUCCCGAAUUUAUCAAAUAAAAAAGAGGAACCAAUGGAUGAAAGUUAACUGGAUUGUGCAAAUUUAAGUACCUAUAAAACCUUGAAGCAAGAUAUGUGAAAUAAUAAUAGGCUUUGUAAGAUAAAAGUUUGGCGUUAUGAAAAUAGAACGAUAAAUUUUAUAUAUAUAUAUAUAUAUUUUUUAUUUCAUUUUGGUCUUUUUUUAAAAAACUCUUGUUUGAUAUUGUUAAUAGGUGUUGUUGUUACUAUACAUUUUGUUUCCAUAGCGACUGUAGAGCGAUUAGUAUUUAUAUUUAUAGCUAUAUAUUAUGGUGAUGUAGAUUUAGCGUUCUUAGUGCUGUAACUAAACAUUUGUUUUUUUGUAUUUUUUACCAAAAAUACUUUUUAAAAUUCGCCAAAUUUCAUUUGAUUUGUAUUUUAUAUUUGAUUAAAAAUAAUAGUUUGUUUAUUCCGUUAAAAACGGUUAUAUUUUAUUGAUCUCCAGAAUACUACUAUUUAGAAGUAGCAGUUACAGCAGAAUGCGAAUCUUCGUGUAGAAUUUUAUUUUUGAAUAUCUUAUUGUAAUAUUAGAAUAAACGGAUAAUUGA